GCAGCAUCCGCAGCGAACGCGGGUCGAUGACAGUUGACUCGUAUGAACACCACCACAACUCGGUCUCGUAGUCCGUCUGCAUUUUAUAUACAGCUUCAGAGGCACUUGACGAAGUGCCUUUAUUGAGCAUACUCGUCCUGCUUAAGCACGUAUGCGCGUGUGAGUCUCAACCUCUUUAAUUGCAGCUUCUAAUUCACACAUUACAUCUUUGGAAAAGGGCCAAGCUCGGCUCGUGUAUCGCCCCGCGUCCCUUUGUUUCACGGUCGGUCAACAAGCGCCUCGAGCGGAGUGCAAAUUCGCAAUGUACCCGCAAGCUGGUCAUCCGGUGCUACCUGGGCAAACGCCGGGCACACCGCCCGGGUCAGCCCCAGUAAAUGCACCGGCCUUGCAUGCCCAACCGCAUCGAAAUGCUCCCAAGCGUCCCAAGCUGCAACAGCUGACCGUGAGCUGCCCCAUGGUGGUGGCGGCCAUGGGGGCGGGCGGCGGCGGGUUCGUGCCGCUGCCCAUCACGCGACUGGGCAUGGAGGCGCAGGCGCAGAUCAGUGUGGGCUUCAACAAGAUAACGCUCGACUGCUACUACCCGCAGACGUGGCAGGGCGCCCCGCUACAGCUGCUUGUGCCCAAGACCAGCGCCACAGUCAUCAGCGAGGUGGUGAUCGAGAACCUGGUGCGAGACCAGAUCUACGCCACGGCGAUCGUGCCGGCUGAGGACGCGCAGAAGGCCAACUACAAGCCAGCCUCGGCCGUGGACGCCUCCGGCGCGGCUGUGCCCGAGGCGCACCUGAACGACCCCGAGCUGUUCGUGCUGCCCAUGCCGGGCCGCGCCGCCCCUGGCGACCAGUUCCGCGUGUCGCUGACCACCUUUGAGCCGCUGGCCUUCGAGGAGGGCAGCUACGUGCUGCGGCUGCCCACGGAGCUGCCCGCGGCCAUGAUACCGCAGGGCUACAGCCACACACAGCUGCUGGACGUGAUCGUCACCAUCAACACCGGCUCGCCCACGCCCGUGGCCUACGCCGUGCGGUCCGGCCACCCCGUCACCGACUCCACGCCCCCCGGCGGCGGCGCCGGCACCGCCACCUUCUCCAUCAGCAAGGCGCCGCAGCUGCCCAACGCUGACGUGGACGUGGGGUACCGCGUGUGGGGCAACGACAUGUUCCUGGCACUCAACGUGUCAAACCCUAGGCCGCCCCACCCCGCCGACCCCGACCCCCGCGGCGCCUUCGUGCUGUCCGUGGCGCCCCCUGCGCCCGAGUUCACGGCGCCCUUCCCCCGCUCGGUGGUGUUCCUGCUGGAUCGAUCUGGAUCCAUGAGCGGCGAGCCCAUGGAGUUCGCAAAGGCUGCGCUGUGCUUCGGCCUGCGCUCGCUGACGCCCUUGGACACGUUCACUGUGGUGGCGUUCGACCACGAGCAGCUGUGGUUCACGCCCGGGGGUCAGCUGGUGCCGGGCAGUGCGGAGAACGUCUCGGCGGCCGAGUCCUGGGUCCGCGCCUCGGUGGACGCACGCGGCCUGACUGACAUCAUGACGCCGCUGCAAACGGCCAUGCGCGUGCUGUCAGGCGCGGCGCCGGGCGCGGAGCGGCCGCCGGGCGCGCCUCCGUCCCUGCCCUUCAUUUUCCUGGUCACCGACGGAUGCGUGCAGGAUGAGAAGGACAUCUGCCGCUUCGUGGAGGGCCACAUGCGGGGACUGCUGCAGCACCAGCAGCAGCAGGCCAUGGGCGCUGCCGCCGCCGGCGCGCCGCCGCCCCCUCCCGCCGGUGUGCCGCGCAUCUGCACCUUUGGCAUCGGCACCUACUGCAACCACUACUUCCUCAAGCAGCUGGCCACCUAUGGCCGCGGCGCCUUCGACGUGGCCUUCCGCCCGCACGCCAUCCAGGCCCAGAUGCAGCACCUGCUGACGGCGGCGCAGCGGCCAGUGCUGUCCGACCUCACACUCACCCUGCCGGGUGUGGCUGGCUGUGAACUGUACCCCUACCCGCUGCCGGACCUGUUCUGCGGCCUGCCGCUGGUGGUGGCGGGCAAGUACAGCGGGGCCUGGCCCGCGGGCGGCAUCACGCUCAAUGGCACACUGCCGGGCGGCACACCCUGGAGCAGCAAGCCCGUGUUCCCGGGCAAGGAGGGCAACCUGCCGCUGGACAAGAUCUUCAUCAAGAGCCGACUGGACCUGCUCACGGCGCAGGCCUGGCUGGCGGGCAACCCGCCCCAGAUGGUCAACCAGAUUGUGGACCUUUCCAUUGCGACGGGCAUUCCCUGCGCACACACGCGCACGGUGGGCUUCGAGACCACGCACAAGGACUGGGCGGCAAUCCAGAGCACGGCGCAGUCACAGGGCAAACGCAAGGUCAACUACGCCAAGUACGCAAUCGGCGGCGCGGCGGGGCUGGUGGUGCUGGCGGGCCUGGGUGUGGGCGCGGCGUUCGUGUUCGGAGACCUGGGAGCCACAGUGGCCAACACAGGCUUCAUGGACGGCAUCGGUGGCCUGGGCGGGAUGGGGGACAUGGGCGGCGGCGGCGACUGCUGCGGCGACUGCGGCGAUUGCGGCGACUGCGGGGGCUGCGAUGGCUGUGACGGCUGCGAUGGGUGCGACAUUGGAGGUCUGGACUGUGUCAUCUCGUAAGAGAGCGUCGUUAAGCACGCGGCGCUGUCUUGCCGUCGCGCGGCGUGUCUCGCUGUUGAUUCGCACGGGCAGCUGCACAACAGUUUUCUUUGUUGGUGCGGUUGAUGCGGUUGGUGGUUGUGUGUUGCCGUGUUUGGUACGGGGCAUGGGAGUCGCGGGCGGUGACACAGCUCCGUACCACGUGUGGAAGGUGAUGUACGGUAUUGGGGGGGGCAAGGUGGGCACUAGUGGGCGGGGGCCGCAACAGACGUGGCGGCUUGUGGCACGCAUGUUGCGCAUGUUGCGCAUACCGAUCGUGUGGUAUGCGCAAAUUACAAGGUACUGGCGGGACCACCCGAAUGCAUGGGCGCUCUCGAGUUCAUACUUGCGCGGAGUGAAACGGGUACCGUACGGUAUCCAUCAAUGCCACUCGCGAACUUACCGGUUCCUGUGCGGGGCCUGUGCGUGUAACACACGAGCGACCGAUGGAUACAGCAGCGCGGCUGGCGGCGGAAUUCAGUCAUUGCUGGCGCAUGCACGGCAGUCAGCGAGCGUGUAUGGGCGCCUAGCAGGCGAGAUGCUGGAUGAUACAUGAUUAUGAGAACCGGGCGACACGUUACUGAUUAGAGGCAACCAGCAGGCCGCUGCUGGGGGGCCAUGCAUGGGUACAAUGUGCAGCCAUUGAGGCAAAUCGGUUAGGUGCAAGAUUAUCCUCAUAGCAUACUUGAGUGCGCGCCCACUGCUGAUUGCGGCUGCACGCCUGCGGGGUGGGGCGGCCUGUGGACUUGGAUGCGCCGACGACUGGCCGCUUUGGGCCGCUCCAAGACAGCGUGCGUGCACGACUUGUCGUCGUGUGCGCACGCGUCCAGGUACGGGUAACAUCGAUGCCGUCACAUAUUGUAGUGUGACAAAGAAACUUGUUAUAGGCUCAUGGCGGACAAGGGUUGCCUUUGGCGCGUUCAAACGUAGGUUCGCGCAAUGCCGGGAA